UUUUUUUUAUUAUUUUUUUUAUCAGUCGGCCGGGUGUUGUGGUGCUUAGAGACAAAUUAAGGGUUACACGUUUCAGUUGAUCGCGCUGUUGGCAUCCCCUCAUGAAUAUUAAUGAAAUGAAAGGGCGCAUAAGACAGCCCCCGGAGCCGGCUCUCAACACAGCAUCAACAUCACAAGAGAGAGUGGGGUUAUAACGGAAGAGCUUUUCAAUCACACUUUUGAUACUCAGCCUUGGGUCGUUAAACGGUUGCUAUCAAUCAUUUUGACGUUAACAGAUAAAUUAAAUACGAUUUUAAAAUGGCUUUGAGAGGGCCACUGUGUCGUCUUCUGCGGACUCAACUUAACAAUACCUGUCAGAGCAGGCCUCAUUCUGUGGCUGUUUUAGGAGCCCCCUUCUCAAAAGGACAGGUAAGGAAAAAUAUAAUAUCCUGUUAGGAUUCAUUCGUUUAAUAUGGUUAUUUGAUUAGGCUAUUUCGUUUACCAGAAUUAUUCAGCGUUGUCGUUUUUCUUUUAGAAAAGGAGAGGGGUGGAAGAUGGACCCAAAGCCAUCAGAGAUGCUGGUCUGAUCGAGAGGCUUUCACUUCUGGGUAAGUGAUGGAACAUCUUAUGAAUGUGUUAAUGUUAUAAAACAAAUGUAUAAAUGUACCUUUGUAUUGAAAUCAUUUUAUAUAAAACGUAUUCGAACCCUUAAAUAGGUUAAUAGGUCCAUGUGAGAGUUGCUUCCCCUUUUCCUUCCGUUCGAGGAAGUUAAGCAUGAUGUAUUACUUCAGUCUUUUACUAUAGAUGGGUCUAAGCUAAUGUUGCCAAACAAAGAAAACAACCAUAUGUAGGAUAUUGUUCAGACCUUGAAUGCUGGCAACCUAAACAUAUUUUUUUAAUCAAAAAAUGAUUAUGAUCUCGUAAAUAAAACGGUAAAAGAGCGGUUUUAUUGGGCCACAUGGGCGAGAAAGAAUGGCUGUGUCUCUGCUGUCGUCACUCCCUACGCACAUACAGAGAGCCUAACCCCGAAAAAGCAAGCUCUCUCCUCCCAUUGUAGACUGCAGCCUUACCUCUGUACGCUACAGUCAACCAUAGAUUAAUAGGGCCUAUCGCUGUCUUGAAUGUUUGAAAGAUGAUUCGAAAAAAUUGUUUCGUGUAGGCCUAACAGCGAGAUUGUAUCACACAUCCGGCUCCACGUGACGGCAUACUGUACUGUCUUUGGUGAUGCCCAAACUGUGGGUUCCGAUCCAGAGUAAACCAUGGGCUCGUUUCAGACCAUGAACCAAUCUGAGCAAGGAGGCGAACAAAUUGCGCCAGACAAGAGGCUUCCACUUCCAAAUAAUUGAUUAUUUUUUUCAGGUCAUAAAUAAUAAAUGGUCAGAUCCUAAUUGUGAAAAGAUUAAAGCAUCUACAUAGUAGGCUACGUUAGGGAUGCCACACAGAACGGCUAUUUCUCAGCAGAACUGGUCACAUUAAAGCAUUAGUUGGUCAAUCUUGGACCAUUGUUCAUGUGUGAGGCAAGCCGUCUGCCUAGGGAGACUUUCCGGACCGGUCUGAGCAGAGGCGCAUUCAUUUCGUCAGACAAGAUGGUUCCACUUCUAAACCAAUGGAUUAUUAUCAGGUCAUAAAUAAUGAGGACUGGGAUGUCCCAGAGAAUGGCUAGUCCUCAGCACACAAAAACACAUCAGAAUGAAGUGCAGCAAGCCUACAUCUAGUCGAGUGUAAAAGUUCAGGUGAGACACACAAAUGUUCCAGUGUAGAGAUCCCCAUGUUCAGUUCUGGAAUGUGCAAGUCAUUUCCUGUAAUCUUAGCCCCGUCUCCUCCCUGAGCACUCAGCAGUGGGACAGAUCAACAGCGUGUACUCAUGGCAAGGCAAGGUGCUUUUUUUUUGGCAGUUACGCAAUCAACCGUUCCCGGGGCCGGCCUGCGGUGUAAUAUGAGAAGCAUAUCUUUAGAUGGCGUUUUUUUCCCCCGUUGUCGGAUGUGGACCACUGACAUACUUUUAGCAAGACAUCAAACCCCAUAGUCUUUAAGAAACCCCAUAAUUUUAUAAUUACACUAUGGCAUGUAAGCACAUUUAUUCUAGUUAUAGAUGUACCAUUUUAAAAAACAUUUUUAGUCAUUUUAGCAGACGCUCUCAUCCAGAGCGACUUACGUGAGCAAUUAGGGUUAAGUGCCUUGCUCAAGGGCACAUCGACAGAUUUUUCACCUAGUCGGCUCGGGGAUUAGAACCAGCGACAUUUCGGUUACUGGCACAACGCUUUUAACCACUAAGCUACCUGCCGCCCCAGUAGUCUGGGAUCAUAUAAAAGUAUUUGUGACCUCUAUUGUAAUUUGCAGCUCAUUGGGAACAAAAUGUUCCAGCUUUACUCAUCCUUAAGUAAAGGCCUUCGGUCUAUCGAGAGCUUGGAGACCAAUGCUUGGUUCAUCUCCUGCUGUGUCCAAGCAUUUGCCCUGUUGAUGUGACUUUUGUUGAUCUCUGUAAAAUCCCAUUCACUUGAUAUGCUAUAUGGUGCUAUUUCAGUUGUUUGUACAAUCACAUUCACUUGAUAUGCUAUAUGGUGCUAUUUUAGUUGUUUGUAAAAGUGGACUUCAAACUGCAGAGAUGGGAAAUUUUAUUAAUAACAAAAGUAUGAAAAGUAAAUAACUUUUUCUGAUGCCAAUUUGGCAACAGGGAGACAGAAAAUGGUAUCCUCCUUAAUAGCAAGGAGACUGAGAUGAUCAGUCAUUGUGCACUUGCCAAGAUGGACUGCAUUAAAUGUCACUGACAUUGCAUCAAGUUUAAAUACACACUGUAUUAGAUCAUGAUUGCAUUAACAGAGAUGCACCGAGUACUUGGUUCAGCUAUUCCUGUCCAGCGGUCUAAGAUGGUAACAUGGGGGGGUGUCUUAGACGUAACGGUCAGCAGAGUAACUCUACACCCCCCCCAUCCAGUGGAAUAUUGUCACCCGCAGAUGGCGUUUCAAAUCUCUUGUUUACUUCAACUCAUAAGUCAUUAGUCCCAAGUGCCAAUACUAGUAGUUUGGGUGCAUUGCAACCCAAUUUCCACCGAAUUCCUCUGUGUUUCCUCCACCGCCACCGUAGCAGUGGUAGCAGGGGCGUGAUCUGGUCUUGGAGAAACCUGAGAGGGCACACAUAGGAAAUAGGACACGUGGAAAGUAGUGCCCAGUCAGACAGCAGUUCCAGAGACAGCUUGAAUUACUCCGCCUCGUCAAUCAGAAAUGAUAGGAGAGGGGUGUGUGAAGAGAGCCAGGGCAGCAGGGGGUUGGACAUCAGAGAUUACAUGAGAGGGGUGUGUGUAGAGAGCCAGGGCAGCUGGGGGUUGGACAUCAGAGCCUGGAGAAAGAGUUGACCUAAUGCCUCAAAGAUAUAUAGCCUAACACUUAAUGUGACAGUGGAAAUUCUCCCACGACCGUUCCAGGACACAAACUCGCGUCCCUUCUCACGCACCGUAACACAACAAGCUCACGAAGCACCGUCCAUCCCACAAACCCAGAAAAGCCAAGGCCAUUUCUGGAUCUGGGGCGACAGUACUUCUAGGUGUCAGGAAACCAGUAGUCAUGCACUUAGCCAUUAACAAAAAUACUCCAACAAUUCAUCCAUACCAUUUGCUGUUAAAUUAAUCCAGUGUUUUUGAUUUUAAACAAUAAUGAAUCUAAACAAUACCUUUUCAUUUUCUCAUGCAGAUUACCCAGUGCAUGACUUUGGAGACCUGAGCUUCCAGCAUCUGGAGAAGGACGAUCCCUACAUGCACGUCCCCUUCCCUCGCACUGUGGGCAGAGCUAACAAACUGCUGUCAGGGGCCGUCAGCAACGCUGUGGGAGCCGGACACACUACCAUCAUGCUGGGAGGAGACCACAGGUACACACCACAACAACACCUUCAUGUUCUCAGAGAACACCGUAUGGUUAUUUUAGCAACAGCGACUUAUAGGACUGUCAACAUUGACAGUGUUAGGAAAUGAAGCAUUAUGCAGGCUUAGGACCCUAGACAUAGCGAGAGUAAGCUUAUCAGUGGACUGGGUAACCAGUUUCUUUAUGAUAGUGACACAUAUAGUCAGUGUUCCCUAGGGGGGAAUAAUGGUGAUUGGAUUCCAACUCACUUCCUGAUCUCUCCCCUCGCAGCCUGGCCAUUGGUUCAGCGGCAGGCCACGCCCAGCAGUGUCCUGACCUGUGUCUGAUCUGGGUCGACGCCCACGCUGACAUAAACACGCCCCUCACCUCUCCCUCAGGCAACCUCCACGGACAGUCGGUCGCCUUCAUGCUCAAAGAACUGCAGAACAAGGUAAGAGAACAGAGGCCUCGGGGCGUUCUCACCGGCCCGGUUCUUCCCCUGAGACAUGACUGUUAUCUUUUAGAUACCAUAGGAGUCUACAGCCAUGUCUGUUUGUGCCGUAUAACCAACUCCUAUGGCCAUUGGCAUGCCAUGUUCUGAGAACAGGCUAUAUUCUACACUACAACAAGGCUCUACACUUUAGCACAGUAAAACCCCUCUGACCUCACACUCACCUCUUGUUGUCUGAAAGAUGCCGGAGCUCCCAGGGUUCAGCUGGAUGAAGCCCUUCCUGUCAGCUAAAGACCUGGUCUACAUCGGCCUGAGAGACAUAGACCCCGGAGAGUAGUAAGUACACUUCUCUGUACACUACCAAGUACACUAAUCUGGAUUAUAACACAGUUAAGUAGUAGUAUAGUAGUAGUAUAGUAGUAGUAUAGUAUUAGUAUAGUAGUAGUAUAGUUGUAGUAUAGUAGUAGUAUAGUUGUAGUAUAGUAGUGGUAUAGUAGUAGUAUAGUAGUAGUAUAGUAGUAGUAUAGUUGUAGUAGUAGGAGUAGUAGUAAUAGUAGUAUAGUUAUAGUAAUAGUAGUAUAGUAGUAUAGUUAUAGUAGUAUAGUUAUAGUAAUAGUGUAGUAGUAGUAGUAUACACUUACAUUACAUUUUUUCUUUUUUUUUUGGUACCCAAAAUUACACCCGUUACAUCCAAAUAUACUUCCAGACAUGAUACUAAUGACAUUCUUCUCUCCUUUCUCCUCACAGCGACAUCCUGAAGGACUUGGGUGUCCAGUACUUCACAAUGAGAGACAUCGACAGGCUCGGCAUCCAGAGAGUCAUGGAGGUCACUUUCGACCACCUCUUGUCAAGGUAAUUUAAUUACUCUACACCAGUGGUUCCCAACCUUUUUUCCUUGGAGCCCCCGCUACUUUCCUUGGAAACCCCCCCCCCAUUCAGUUGACAGUUUGGAUGUAUUCGGUUGACAGUUGGAUGUAUUCAGGUUUUUGACAGUUUGGAUGUAUUCGGUUGACAGUUUGGAUGUAUUCGGUUGACAGUUUGGAUGUAUUCGGUUGACAGUUUGGAUGUAUUCGGUUGACAGUUUGGAUGUAUUCGGUUGACAGUUUGGAUGUAUUCGGUUGACAGUUUGGAUGUAUUCGGUUGACAGUUUGGAUGUAUUCGGUUGACAGUUUGGAUGUAUUCGGUUGACAGUUUGGAUGUAUCCAGUUGACAGUUUGGAUGUAUCCAGUUGACAAUUUGGAUGUAUCCAGUUGACCGUUUGGAUGUGUUCAGUUGACCGUUUAGAUGUGUCCAGUUGACAGUUGAAUUUGAGUUGAAAGUUGAUUGAUUCGCUGAACUGUAUUCUGAACCCGUUUUUGCUUCUUUUGUCCAACAGGAAGCAGCGGCCGAUCCAUCUGAGUUUUGACAUCGAUGCGAUGGACCCGUCUCUGGCCCCAGCAACAGGAACACCAGUGAACGGGGGUCUGACUUACAGAGAAGGAAUCUGGAUCACAGAGGAGAUCCACAACACAGGUAUGUUAGGGCAUGCAAUAAUUAUGAUGUUUUGAGAAGUGGGGUCACAGAGACUACGAGAAGAGAGGAGGGAAUUAUCAUUUUAUUACAUUUCAAGUUUUUUAUAGUAUUCACAUGGCAGUCAUAGACACUGAAAUACAUGGAUAAUGAUCAACUCCGAACACACUAUAACAAUGUCUCCCGAGUGGCGCAGUGGUCUAAGGCACUGCAUCGCAGUGCUAGCUGGUUCGAAUCCAGGCUCUGUCGUAGCCGGCCACGACCGGGAGACCCAUGGGGCGGCGCACAAUUGGCCCAGCGUCGUCCAGGGUAGGGGAGGGAAUGGCCGGCACGGAUGUAGCUCAGUUGGUAGAGCAUGGUGUUUGCAACGCCAGGGUUGUGGAUUCGAUUCCCGUGGGGGGCCAGUAUAAAAAAUGAAUGUAUGCACUCACUAACUGUAAGUCGCUCUGGAUAAGCGUCUGCUAAAUGACUAAAAAAAUAUAUAAAAUUUUUAAAAAAUAACAAUACAUUCAUAAGAAAUGAUGAGGAAGGGUCUGUCAUUAAACUUGGAACCCUUUCCUCUAAGUUAUGGCAGACUCUUGGUAGGAUGACAAUAGUGGAUAUACUUAUACUUUAUGGUACCAUGGGAAUAUAAAACAUUUCUAUGAAGUAACAUUUCAAUCUGAAACAUUCUUUGACAUACAGUUUCUAUCUUUGAAGUAAAAUUUCUGUCUGCAACGUUCCACAAAAGGAACUGAAACUAAUAAAUGGUGUUUGUUUUUUAAUCUCCAGGCUUGUUGUCAGUGAUGGACCUUGUUGAGGUCAACCCAUCCCUGGGGGCGAGCCGUGAGGCGGUGGAGAUCACAGCUUCCAUGGCGGUGGACGUCAUCGCGUCGUCCCUGGGCCAGACCCGCGAGGGAGGCCCCAUCGCUCAGGAGUCGCAAACGCUUAAAGAGGACACGGAACAGCUCCGACUCUAGAACACACUGCUUCUAGAACACUAAGGACUUUCAACAUAUGACCACUUGGCAUUCCUGAAUUCUAAAAGACUUUACAUACAGAACAGACACACUGAAGCAGUAGUUGGAAUGGUUUCAGAGCUUUUUGUUACAUCUUCUGUUGUGUAUGGGACUGUAUGGCAACAGUCAGUCAAACUUAAAUCAUGACUGAACUUAUAAUAAAUAAUAAGCCAAGUUAAAGGCUUAUAUAGCUUAUUUACUAAGAUGACGUGAAAAGCUUAGCCCAGAUCUGUGCUAUCAUGUCAUCUGUUUGGCAGGACAAGGAGUCGCACAAAAAAAAAAGUCGCUCAAACAGACUGGUAACCAGGCUAUAAAAAGCUCUCAUCUAAAAUGUUAAUUGUAAUUGAUGUGAUCAGCUGGUCUCCCUGGCCUUGAAAAUACAGCCACCCUAUUUAAAUGUUGACUAUUUGAUGUGAUCAGUGGUAUUGCCACAGAC